AUGACUGCAGUUAAGGAGAAAGAUUUGCAAAUUUUAUCUGAUGUGUCCUUCUGGGAGAUACCGGUUCCAGAUCAUUUUUGGGUAGAAAUUGUGAAAAGAGGAAGUGCUUCUUUCCAGAACCAAGAUGGUCCUUUUAGUGUCACCAAAAGGCCGGAUGAAAAAGCUGCAUCAAAGGGAGAAGUGCGCCAACUUUCAAAAGUGUGGUUUUACAAGGUCAUGCCAAACAGAGAGAAAAUUCUGAGGACAUGGAUGGUUUACUCACCUGUCAGCGGUAAUUUAUAUUGCUUUUGUUGCCGACUCUUUACUAGCUGUACUACAGAUACAACAUCCAAAUGUGUCACUGGGUUUCAGACGUGGUAACUGAGGCCAAAGGUAUAUAAUCACAAGACAUCUGAAGAGCACUUAUACUGUCUGGAAAAGUGGAAAACUUUGGCAGAAGGACUGAGGCUGGAUGAAAUCAUUGAUGCCCAAACUCUUUCUAGGAUGGAGACUGAGAAGAAAAAGUGGAGGGACAUUUUGCACAGAUUGCUGGAUAUUACAUUGUUUCUUGUCAAGCAGAAUCUGGCAUUUCGUGGUCACAAGGAAGAUGAGUCUUCUUUGAAUAAAGGGAACUUUCUUGAGAUGGUUGAGAUGCUUUCCAAGUAUGAUCCGGCACUGAAGGAACACCUAAUUAGGUUAAAGUGGCACACCUGUAAACUUAACCUGUCUGUCUCCUAUCUGUCUCCACAAACUCAGAAUGAGUUUAUAAGUGUCCUGGCAAAUCAUGUGACGGUGAAGAUUGUAACAGACAUAAAGUCUGCAAAGUACUUUGGCAUCAUGCUUGACAGCACGCCUGACGUAUCGCAUACUGAUCAGAUGUCUGAAGUGAUCAGAUAUGUACACAUCGCCAACAGGAAAGUUGAGGUAAAAUAUUUUUUUUUAGGAUUUUUCCCUUUAAAGGGGAAAAAAGCUGCUGACCUCAGUUCUGACAUUCUUCAAAAAUUAGAAAGUUAUGGACUCGACAUAAUGAUGUGCCGCUCUCAGGGUUAUGAUAAUGCUGCUACUACGGCUGGAAUCCAUGGAGGUGUACAAUCCAUUCUGAAGGGGAAAAACAGGAAGGCUAUUUUUAAUGGAUGUAUGGACCAUUCCCUUAACUUGUGUGGUCAGCACUCUUUUGCUCAAAAGUCAUCUUGCGUGACCUUUUUUGGAACUCUGCAGACAAUGUUUUCUUUUUUUGUUGCUUCCACCCAUCGAUGGGAUAUGUUAAUUGACCAUGCUGGAGUGUCAGUAAGAAGACUAUCCACAACACGCUGGAGUGCUCAUUAUGCUGCAGUUAAAAGCCAGUAA